UUUAUCUCUUUUCUGUAUUUCAUAUGAUUUGUUUGCUAUGAAGUAAUUACAAGUGUAUCUUAUAUUUGAAUAAUACUUGUAAUGGAUCAUUACCAUUACAUUAUUGUGUUUGGUUUGCCUGUUUAAAUGCAGAGUCAAAUAGUUUGGAUGUAAUAGCAAUGUUGAUCAUUACCAUUACAUUAUUGUGUUUGGUUUGAAAUGCAGAGUCAAAUAGUUUGGAUGUAAUAGCAAUGUUGAUCGAAUGAAAUGGAUCAUUACCAUUACAUUAUUGUGUUUGGUUUGCCUGUUUAAAUGGAGCGAGUUUUCGUAACAAUCUUCUCAAACUAUAUCAAAAGGCAAUACAUGAUUUUAUCUCUGUUUUUAUACAUUACUUAGAAAAAGGGGGGGGGGGGGGUGAAGUUUUAUGUACACAUGCUACAAGUUAAACAUAAUACAAGCUUGUUAAUGAUAAAAAGAAAAGUUGUAUCUUCAAGUUAUUUGGAAUAACAAAUAGUAAUUUAGUUAAAUUUUUGCGAUUUUUUCUCAAAAGAUUUUAUGCGAUUGACGAUUACACUAUAAAUUGAGUUACUUUGUAAUGCUUUGAUGAAGGACGAUCUGUUUAGAGUUUUCUUUAAGUCUGUAACUGUUAAGAAGUUUCUAUAAGUGUGUGACGAUCUAGAAUGCUUAUUGGUAUGCCUUGAUUGAUCCCAUCGCUAUAUGGCUCAUGGGUUAUUGCGGUUGGAGAUUUGUAUUAGGUUUAAGAAAAUUGUUUCUAUGUUAUAGCGUUAUCAGAUAUCCAACAUAUCUAACCUUGCUAAAUUGCGAGGAUACUCCGUGCGUGCUGUUUCGUGAAUUUGUGAUGUUUCGUUUGGUUUGGUGAGGAAUAAGAUACACAACUAGAACUUUUAUCUUUGGGUUUCAAAACCUUUGAUGUAUUAGUUGAGUUAAUUAGAUGGUUAUCCUCGGGUUAUACAGUCGGAAGUCAUUUAUAGCAUAUAAGAAAUGUCGUGUGAGGUGGGGUGUUAUAAAAGAAUGUUUUGCUUGGGAUAUAUGGUAAGUCUAUUUUAUGUAGGCGCACUUAAUUUGGAUAACAAAAAAAUCUUCUUUUUUUACACUUGCAUACAAGUCUCUUUUAUACAUACCCAUACCAUGGAGAUUCUGGGGCUGUUUGGCAACCUCUGUGCCAGUAAGCGCUGAACCAGUUGAGUGACUGGGUAAGUGACUCUUAACCGGUAAGUGCUGAGCCAGUAAGAGUAUGCCGAUGUGGUGGUAGGUCGAGGAGGUGGUGCGUGAGUGGCUGGGUGAGGAUUAUGAACACAUGUGAAAGGACAAAGGGGUAAAUUUUUCAUUCAACAUCAUUUUGAAACUUAAUGGGUAAGAGGUUAGAUGCCUGAUUCAGAGGUGUCCUUCUAAUGAACCAAACACACUUAGUAGCGCGGGCACAAUGAUCAUUAAGAGGCUACCAAACAACUCCUUAGUAGCGCGGGCACAAUGAUCAAAAAUUUCUAGUCGCGUGCAUUCACGGCACCGCUAUGUUAAGGGGUAGUGAUGUAAUUUCUCAUCCAAAUCUAACCCUUAUAUUAGCCCUCAAUUCCCAUCUCACUCAUUUAUAUUUGUGAUCCGCCUCCUUGAUUCCUUGCCAGUCUCACUUGUCUCGCCUCGGGAACUCCGCUCUCAGUGCACCUUUGCGAUUGCAGGUAUGUCUGCAAAGCACGAUCAAAAUGCAAGCAAAAGGAAGAGAUCCGAUACUGUUAAAGAAGAUGAUGAUUCACCAUCCUGGUUGAUCCCAGAUAUUCUUUUAUUAAUCAUGAUGCGGCUGGGAAUUGUCGACUUUCUUGCAUUCAGCGGUGUGUGCAAGUUGUGGCGGACAAUCGCACUCACAAACAGGAAAGAGUUCCUGUUGUCUAGACAACGGAUGGCCAUACGCAUCUCCACUCGAGUGGCUAAUAGAAAAGAGUGCUGGUUAGAGGACUGUGACGGAAGAGUGUUCCGGACCAUCCUUCCCCGUUCUAGCGGCAGGACCUGUGUCGGAUUAGUUUCUGGUUACGUGAUCUUGUUCGGGAGGAAAACCCGUGAUUUCCGGCUUGUAAAUCCUAUCACAAGGCAUGAAGUUAAUUUCCCUCGUUUCCCCUUUCACGUGGUUGUCGGUCCAAACGCCUUUCAGGGUACCCUCGUCUUUUCACGAACAGCGGAUAGAUGGGUGUUUGUGAUCUCAUCCCGACACUCGAGGACAGUAUCGUUCUCGUUUAAUGGUAAACGAGGCAGCUGGACUCAUCUGUCAUCCGAUGUCCCAAUCAGUGAUUUAGCAUUUUUCAAAGGAAAGAUAUAUACCCUGAACAAAGACAUUGGUUUAUGUGAAGUGAGACUCGGUCCUAACCCCACCUUGACACCGCUAAAAAUGAAGAAUUCUUUGACGUCACAUGUCUUGCUUCCAGAGUUUGGAAUUUUCGGUGAAAAGCUGUUUGUGACAGGUUACCGGCCAUACGAUCCGUUCCCUGUUGAAGUCGAUGUUGACGAAGUGAGAUGGGUGAUUAAAAAACCAGAAUUCUGCGAGGAUCCUGACAUGCUAUACCGGUGGGUUAGUUACAUUAAUCGCAGUGGUGAAGGUAGAAAAACGCGUGUGAUAAACAUGCCAUACUUCCCUCAUGAAUGUUGGGAUGCUAAUAUCCUACAUGAGUGAUUGUUUUUCUUUGUUUUUAGUCUGAAUUUGAAUUGUUAAAUACCUUUUUUAAGAUCUUUGAGAACCACCAUAGAUGUAUUUGUAUCUUUGUUUUUGGUGGACUGAACUGUUAUGUUUCCUCUUUUAGCCAGGGGCAGAAAAAUCGAAUCAUGACAAAAAAAAAAAA